AUGGCUCUUUCGACAAAUGAGGCGCCCAGAGGGCUUACCCGCGAUGUAUUGCGCGUCUGCGUGCUCUUUUUGUUGCUUGGCGUUGCCAUAAGCUUGACGCAACUGAUCCAAGUGCGUUUAAAAUUUCGGCGGUUGAAGAAAAAAGGAGUUCCCAUGCUCCCUCACUCACUGCUAUUUGGCCAUAUCCCUACCCUCGCAAAGCUCACUAAGGGUCUACCCAGAGACAUUCACUCAAACUAUGUCCCACAACUCAUAUGUGAAAACUGGAAGACAUUCUUUCCUGACCGCAAAUCCUGUCCUCCAGUCAUCUACAUCGACUCGUGGCCGAUAGCGCCACCCGUGAUCUACAUCUUCGACCCUGAGACCGGGGCGGAAUGUUUAUCCAAUUCCAGUGUCAGUCGGAGUCAUAAUGUCCUCGACUUCAUAGAACCGAUUACAGAGAACUUGGACAUGGUCAGCAUGGAAGGCGAACCAUGGAAGGAAUGGCGAGCUCGCUUCAACCCGGCUUUCAGUAUCAAGAACGUCACUACUCUCAUCCCCGGUAUGAUCUACGACGUGGCGACGUUUGCCAGCAUCGUGCGACAGCACGCGGGGACUGGUGGCGAUUGGGGCCCGGUCUUCGUCCUCCAAGAACUGACAACGAACCUUACGCUUGACAUCAUCGGGCGGUCAACUCUCGGCAUGGAGUUGCAUGAGCAAACGAACGGCCCCAGCAAACUGAAAGCAGCGUUCAUGGACCAGAUGGGUUGGUGCAUGUUCAACUUCAACAUAAUCGACACACUCAAAUGGUACAGUCCUGUACGCAUGUGGAGGGUCGCUAGGAAUAGGUCCAGCAUGAGAAAGGAGCUCUACCUUCCUGUCACGGAGCGUUUGGAGAUUAAGGGGGACGAUAAGUUGAAGACCAUUGUUGAUCAGGCGAUAAAGCCGAUCAAGGAUACCGCAUACGAAGAGCCACCCUCUAUCGAUUCGCUCUUCAUCUCAACUGUUAUGAGCCAGCUCAAGCUCUUCAUGUUUGCAGGCCAUGAUACGACAGCCACAACACUUUGCUGGGUGUUGCAUAUCAUAGGCAAGAACCCUGAAAUCGCUGCAAAGGUACGGGCCGAGCAUGAUGAAGUGCUGGGAAAAGACAUAACGGAAUUGAGUGCGAGGUUGACAGAGUCCCCGCACCUGCUGAACUCUCUCCCUUACACUGCUGGCAUCAUUAAGGAAGCGCUACGCCUGUAUCCCGCAGUGGGUGCACUACGACAAGGGGCAUCGCACUAUCAGAUCGUAGAUCGAGAGACCGGAGUUAAAUACCCGACGGAUAACUGCAUGCUCUUCGAUUCUUCUCGAUCUCUCUCCCGAGCAGAUGAACUGUGGCACCGCGCCAAAGAGGCUAUUCCUGAACGGUGGUUGACCACGGACACGGAAGAUCCGCUUUACCCGCCGAAGAAUGCUUGGAGAAGGUUUGGAAGUGGGCCACGCAUUUGUAUCGGACAGGAGCUUGCCAUGACAGAAAUGAAGCUGGUGGUGGUGUUCCUAGCAAGGGAGUUCGACAUCGAUUGCGCCUGGGAUAAGUGGGAUGCUUUGAAGAAAGCAAACAGGGCCAAAGGUCCUUGUUGA